GGAGAGGAGGAUUGAGUGUGCGUGAGAGAGAGAGAGAGACUGCAGAGCUGAAGGUGCGUUUUGAUGUUUGGCAUCCACGAGAGCAUCCAGAGGAGCGGGAGUAGUAUGAAAGAGGAGCCCAUGGUGGCCGGGAUGAACGCGGUUCGGACAUGGAUGCAGGGCGCCGGGGUGCUGGACGCCAACACAGCCGCCCAGAGCGGAGUGGGGCUCGCGCGGGCGCACUUCGAGAAACAGCCGCCCUCCAACCUGCGCAAGUCCAACUUCUUCCACUUCGUGCUGGCGCUGUACGACCGGCAGGGCCAGCCCGUGGAGAUAGAGAGGACCACCUUUGUUGACUUUGUGGAGAAAGAAAAGGAAACUACAGGAGAAAAGACCAACAAUGGGAUCCAUUACAGACUGCAGCUCCUCUACAGUAAUGAUGCUCACCUGACCCUCUCGUCUCCGUGUCUCUGCAGGUUUUUUCUCAAGUUCUUCCUGAAGUGUAACCAGAACUGCCUGAAGAACGCAGGGAACCCCCGAGACAUGAGACGCUUCCAGGUGGUUGUGUCAACUACGGUAAGCGUUGAGGGUCAUGUCCUGGCGGUGUCGGAUAACAUGUUUGUGCACAACAACUCCAAGCAUGGGCGUCGAGCUCGAAGACUGGACCCCUCAGAAGGGACACCAUCCUACCUGGAACACGCAACUCCCAGCAUCAAAGCCAUCAGUCCCAGUGAAGGCUGGACCACUGGAGGCGCUACAGUCAUCAUCAUCGGGGACAACUUUUUUGAUGGCCUCCAGGUCAUUUUUGGAACCAUGCUAGUCUGGAGUGAGUUGAUCACUCCCCAUGCAAUCCGUGUGCAGACUCCGCCAAGGCACAUCCCAGGGGUGGUGGAAGUCACACUGUCCUACAAAUCGAAACAGUUCUGCAAAGGCACACCUGGACGCUUCAUUUACACAGCACUGAAUGAGCCAACAAUAGACUACGGUUUCCAGAGAUUACAAAAAGUCAUCCCCAGACACCCGGGAGACCAAGAAAGAUUACCAAAGGAGGUGAUAUUAAAGAGAGCAGCGGACUUGGUGGAGGCCCUGUACGGGAUGCCUCACAAUAAUCAGGAGAUGAUCCUGAAACGAGCAGCAGAUAUCGCCGAGGCCCUCUACACCACAGUGCCACGAGGGCACAACCAGCUAGCCAGUCUGGGCAGCAGCUCUGUCCAUGCUGGCAUGAUGGCCGUAAACUCUUUCACCGGGUCGGAGGUGGCGCAAACAGCCAAUCAGGGUUUCAGUAGGAGUACAAGCAGUGUGUCUCCUCACGGCUAUGUCCCCAGCUCCACUCCCCAGCAGAGCAGCUACAGCUCUGUCUCCACUAGCAUGAAUGGCUACGCUAACUCUGGCAUGGCAACCCUGGGCACCUCACCCAACUUCCUCAAUGGAUCUGCAGGCAACUCUCCUUAUGCUAUCGUUCCGUCCAGUCCGACAAUGGCGUCAUCAACAAGCCUGCCCUCCAACUGCAGCAGCUCCUCUGGCAUCUUCUCUUUUUCUCCAGCCAACAUGGUCUCUGCCGCCGUCAAACAGAAGAGCGCCUUUGCCCCCGUCGUUCGACCCCAGAACUCCCCUCCUCCCACGUGCACUGGCACUAAUGGAAACAGCCUGCAAGAUCAGUCUUUUGUGGACUCUAGCAAGUACUCAUCAGCCAGCUCUCUGCAGGGCCUGGCCUUCUCCUGA